AUGACAGCGCAGUCGGGACACUUCCCAACCCUCCCACCACUUCCCCUCCAAGGGAAAAAUCCGGCUUUCGCGAACAUCAAGUCGUUCACUGUCUACCUGCCUGAGCACCAUACGCACAAGGCACCCGAACCGAUGGCUCCAAUAAACUCGCUCCCCGCAGAGUUGCUCGUCGCAGUGUUCGUCAUUCUGCGCGAAACAGCCUCUCCGCUACCCUGGACGCGCGUCAUGCUCGUGUGUCGCCACUGGUACGAGGUCAUCUGCUCGUCUCCAGGGUUGUGGUCGACCCUCGUAUUUGACCAGCGAUGCAGCGCUGAGGUGUUGAAGACACUGUUGCCCCGCUCCGGUGGCUUGCGCCUCGACCUCUCCCUGGACCUCCACGCCGUGGAUCCCGGCCAAGUCCUGGAGACGCUCCGCCCUCAUGCCGGCCGUCUACAAUCCUUGGCCAUCCAAUUCUCCCCCGAUCAACUUGAUGAUAUAUGCAGGCGUUUGGAGAGCGUUUCAAGCGCGAUGGUAUCCCUGACACUUCACUGCCUGACCGCUCAGGCGCCAAUAUUCCCACUCGAUCCAGAUGCGUUUCCAUCCCUUCGCUCGUUGUACGCUAUCCAAGUGCUGCCACGGCCCUUAGCCCCGAUGCCCCGCGGAGUUACGCGCCUGGAGCUCACUCAGAUCUGGCACGCGAUACAUGCCGAAGAAGACCAUUGGCAAUAUGACCUCUUAUCCACCAUCGCCGCGCUACCCGGGCUCGAAUAUCUGGUUCUGCAUGAUGCGCUACCACCGUGCAUGGCGUUUGAAGACGUCAGCAUGGCCACCGUCACACUGCCAUGCCUGCGCGAGCUCGAAGUGAGCGAGACCAUCGAGGACUUCAAGCUCUUUCUGCAGUACGUCACCAUUCCCGCCGAGGCGCACCUCACGAUCGUCGCCAGGGUCCGGGACGCGAUGUGGGAGCCCGACGUCGCGGGCGUCCUCUUCGCCAUCCUGCCUGAUAACUUCGACGAGACCCUACCGAUGUUCCACCCCACGCAUGCGCUGCGCCUGUUCGCAGGUCAUACAGUUGACGGCCCGCUCGCGCUAUCAGGCUACUGGGGAGAUGGCGCGGUUGGGCCAGACGAUCCCGCCGAAUGGGCCAUCGUGCUCCCAGACUGUGGUGAUCUCCUCACGGACACCGUCUCGCUCUCGUUGAUGGAACUCCCACGACUCAUGCCCCCGGCGGGUCUCGUUCACCUGGAGCUACACAUCGCGCCGCGCAUUCUCUUGUUCGACGUGGAUUGGGCGGCCGUGCUCUCCGGGUUCCCGCUGCUUCUUACGCUUGCAAUCGGGAGCCUGUGGAAAGCGGAGGCGGUCGUCACAGCUCUGUACAAGCACACGGAGCUCCUCCCGGAGCUCAGCACGCUGAUGCUUUGCCUGGAAGAGGUCACUGCGGACCCUGCGCGCGGUCCUCGCGCCCCUCCGGAGGCCGACGUACCGCGACGGGAGAUCGAGCACGUCGUCGUUGUGGAGGCGGAUUCGGAGGAGACCGCGGAGCCAUAUAUCGCGGGGACGUUCCUGGGUUCGAUGCUCCAGUCUUCGAAUUAUGUGUUCGAGCAUAGUCGGUGUUUGGCAUGUCAUGUGUCUAGCAGACUUUGA